GUUUAUAAUCAUAUGUGGGUGUGGGCAUUGUCUAGUAUAAAUCGAUCGAUAAAUAAAUGAAAUAUAGUAUAUCGAUUAUCAUGAUUUGUUGUAAUGUUUUGAAAUUAGUUUUAUAUAUACCUAUUUUAAUAUAAACAAUGAUAACUUCAAAACUAUCACUUAUAUUUUAUAUUUAAAAAUUUGUUUAUAAAAUAUUAAUAAUAAUCGAAAUAAAGAAUCGACUAGUGUUUGUUACAGUGAUCCACAGUUGUCAUUUUUAUUUAAAUUGACAUUGACAAAUAUAGGCUCGUCCUUAUGUGAAAAAAUAAAUCCAUAAUACUAUCAAAACGUUUAAAAUAUACGUAAAUAUCUAGUGAUUCAACAGUGCGGUAUAAAAAACAUUUUAAAAAUAUAAAAUAAUGACAACAAAUGUCGACGAAGAACAAGCGCUUCGUGAAUGCGAGGCAUAUGUUCAAGCUCACAACAUCCAGCAAAUUCUCAAGGAUUGCAUCGUUCAGUUAUGUGUAAACCGUCCGUCGAAUCCCAUUUCAUUUCUGAAAGAACAUUUUCAAAAAUUAGAACGAGAACAAGCUUUAGACGCUAAACAACAAGCCAUGUCUCCUGAAGAUACAGAGGAUCUUUCUCCGCUACCAGCUCUUACCCAACAGCCAGUUCGACGUCGGGGAGGAAUUUCCGCAGAACCAGUUUCGGAAGAAGACGCUACGAGCUAUGUGAAAAAAGUCGUACCUAAAGAUUACAAGACCAUGGCUGCUCUUUCAAAGGCAAUUGCAAAGAAUGUUCUUUUUUCGCAUUUGGACGAAAACGAGAGAUCCGAUAUAUUCGAUGCUAUGUUUCCAGUUAACUGUCUUCCAGGUGAAUCUAUAAUACAACAAGGAGAUGAAGGGGAUAAUUUUUACGUAAUAGAUCAAGGUGAAGUGGAAGUAUACGUAAAUAAUGAACUAGUAACUACAAUAAGCGAAGGAGGCAGUUUCGGUGAAUUAGCUCUGAUUUACGGUACCCCGAGAGCAGCUACGGUGAAAGCUAAAACGGACGUGAAACUUUGGGGAAUCGAUAGAGAUUCCUACAGAAGAAUUUUGAUGGGUUCGACUAUCCGUAAAAGAAAAAUGUAUGAGGAAUUUUUAUCGCGCGUUUCAAUAUUAGAAAAUUUAGAUAAAUGGGAACGUCUCACUGUAGCGGACGCUUUGGAAACCGUCAGUUUUGAAGAUAAUGAAACUAUAGUGCAACAAGGAGAACGCGGCGACGAUUUUUACAUAAUAGUCGAAGGUACCGCCGUGGUUAAACAAAGCAGAAUCGACGGUGAGGAACCCACGGAAGUCGGUAGAUUAGGACCGAGCGAUUAUUUCGGGGAGAUUGCUCUGCUAUUGGACCGACCUAGGGCCGCUACGGUCGUAGCCAGCGGGCCCCUCAAAUGUGUCAAAUUAGAUAGGGCUAGAUUCGAACGAGUUUUGGGACUUUGCGCCGAUAUUUUGAAAAGAAAUAUUACUCAGUAUAACAGUUACGUUUCGUUAUCCGUUUAACGGCUACAAAGUUUUGGAUCGUGUUUGUUCGAGACCGUUUGGCAGGCUUACAAGAAAGGUGUUGAGUGAUUGCGAAAUUAGUGACUUUAUUAAAAUUUUCUGACUGUUUCGGUGGAAAUUUUUACAGUUUAAGUGUCCCUUAUAAUGUUAUAGUCGUAAAUUAAAAGUUUUAUCGAGUAAGUAUUUAGAAAUAUUUAAAAGAAAAAUGUUGGUAAUGGUGAAAAUUGAUUUUGAAUUGGUUGCUUGCAUUUUUUUCACUUUGGAAUCCAUUAAUUUUCCAUUAAAAUGAAUCACAACUUUUAAAAUAACCACAAAACGUUUUGUUUUUUUUUUUUUUCGUUUCGGAUGAAUUCUUCUUUUUUUUGCAUCGUAAUCUGUCAUUGAAAUUGAUCAGCUAUUGGUUAGUUUCUUUUUAUAUAUAUACGUGAACAUAAAAAUUGAUUGUAUUUAAAUCACUGUUUGAAUGAAUUUUACAUAACCAUAAAAUUAUGUUUUUCCUUCGUCUUCGUCAGUUAAUUACAAACGUUUCUAAUCAGUUCUAGUUCAUCUUCAUGUUUAUAUCGAGAUUUUUUUCGCUUAUUUCAAAGUAAUUUUCGAUAUUUUUACACCAAAAAUCGUUUUUAAAACGAGAUAUUGAAAUUUUUUUGUAAAAACGAUAUAUAUGAGAUUAAAAUAAUUAAAGCACCAACUAUGUUAUUAUAUAUGUCACUAAUAAUCAAAAUCUGUCAUUUCUAGUGCCAAUAAGUAUAUAAUUACAAAAAAAUGAUAUAUAGAUUUCAUUUUUUUUUAGUUAACAGUAGAUGGUUUUUCUCGGAAAUAUUGACUACAAAUUCCAAUAUGGUGCUUCCCGAAAAAAAAAAAAUAAAAAAUCGUGUAACCAUUUGAUGGUUUCAAAAUUUCCGAGAUUAAAAUUAGGAUAUUUCAAGCAAUUGCCUGUAUAUUCAAAUGUAAUUUAAUCAAAUUAAACCUUAUUAACGGAUUGGAGGAAUUUUUUUAUUAAUAUAAGGAUUGCGAGCCUGCGAAACAGUUUUGAGAUAAAGAUGCGAGCCAAAACAAACAUUCAUAUAUUAUAUUACGAAUUAAUGUUGCUUAUCAUUAACUUAUUCGCCUUUGCUUUCAUUAAAAGCUAGUACCACGAAAACGGAAUAAUUAAUCUUUAAAAAAAAUGGUACUUUUGAUGUCUUCUUGUCUGCUACAUGGAUAAUAUUUUUGUGUAUUGUAUAUAUCUUCCAUUAAAGAAAUAAUUGGUAA